ACAGGCGUCCUGACAGCUCGGCCCGCGUCCAGACGACCUGCUUUACAUAGAACUGUGUCCUCCCAUCACCGCGGGUUACCACCAGCAUCCUGUCGCCACGGAGACUGAUGGAGAGUGACGGGGCGGACGGAUGACUGACGGACGAGACGGACAGAUGGAUGGAUGGACGUAUGGAUGGAGGGAUGAUACAGACAAGGGGAGAGAGACAGAGAGAGAGAGAGAGGAGGAGGGGGCUCGCUCUGGGCGUCGCUCGACCACGAAGAAAAAACAAACACUGAUUAUGUAAAUGAGAUCGUUAAUUUAAUCAAUUAGAGGAGGAGGAGGAGGAGAGAGGAGGAGAGGAGAGGAGAGAGGGAGGAGGAGGAGAGAGGAGGAAAGAGAGGAGGAGAGAGGAGAGAGGAGAGAGGAGGAAAAACAAACACUGAUUAUGUAAAUGAGAUCGUUAAUUUAAUCAAUUAGAGGAGGAGGAGGAGGAGGAGAGAGGAGGAGAGAGGAGAAGAGAGGAGGAGAGAGGGAGGAAGAGGAGAGGAGAGAGAGAAGGAGAGAGGGGGGAAGGAGGAGAGAGAGGGAGGAGAGAGGAGGAGAGGAGAGGAGAGAGGGAGGAGGAGAGAGAGAGGAGGAGAGAGAAGAAGGAGAGGAGGAGGAGAGAGGGAGGGGGAGGAGCAGAGAAGGAGGAGAGAGAGGAGGCGAGAGAGAAGAGGAGGAGGAGAGGAGAGAGAGGAGGAGAGAGGAUGAAAGAGAGGAGGAGAGAAGGAGGAGAGAGGAGGUGAGAGAGAAGGAGGAGAGAGGGAGGAGGAGAGGAGGAGGAGAGAGAGGGAGGAGGAGGAAAGAGAGGAGGAGAGAGGGAGGAGAAGGAGAGGAGGAGAGGAGAGAGGAGGAAAGUAGGAGGAGAGAGGAGAGCAGGAGAGGAGAGGACAGCGUUUCACCUCCACACUCACCUGUUUGUGUUUGUCUGUAUAUAAAUCCUGCAGAGCUCCCCCUGCUGGUGGAACUUCAGACGACAGAAACAGAAACACCUGCAGCUAAAAGAGAGACAGACACACACACACACACACACACACAGACACACACACACACAGACACACACACAUAUACACACACACACAGACACACACACACACACACACACACACACACACACACACACACACACACACACACACACACACACACAUGUUGUUCAUCACACUGCAGAGUGUGUGUGUCCACCACAGGUCAAAGGUCAGCUGAGAACAAUGUGUGUGUUUGGAGGACGGAGAUGAAGAGCUGACAGCUGAGACACUUCCUGCAGAGAGGACCGAGUUCUGUGAGUGUGUCUGUGUGUGUGUGUGUGUGUGAGUGUGUGUGUGUGUGUGUGUGUGUGUGUGAGUGUGUCAGUGUGUGUGUGUGUGUGAGUGUGUGUGUGUGGUCUGAGUAUUGUUUUGUUUGUUUUGUUUAGUCGCACAGAUUUUCUCUUUCUUGGUUCAUACAGACUUUGAUAAUGAACUGAAGGUAAAAUCCACUCAGUCUGUGAGUCCAGACGCUGUCAGCCGAUGAACUCUGACCCCCGACCUCCACCUUCAUCCUGAUCGUCUCCUAAAAGGUCGUAUCCUCCGAUCGUAGCUGAUCGUAACCAUUCAAGUUAACGUGUCGAUUUACACCGACUUCUUUCCGUUCCUCUGCGGAUCGCCGGACUCCUCAGCUGAUCACAAGAGUUCUAUUUUUUCUGGACGCCGGAGCAUGGCGGAUAAAUUCAGCACAGAUUAACCCGUGCUGGAAAGGAAGUCGGGCACAGACACAAAAUAAAACAUCCUGCUUCUUUUCAAAAUAAAACAUCCGGCUUCUUUUCAAAAUAAAACACUCCGUGUUUCAGGAGGAUCGUAUUUCACACCAUGCAAACGGGCGGAGACGAACAAGUGAAAGGUUUUUAGACGUCAUUUCACCCCGAUGACACCAUGGAUGAGGAGAUGCUGAUUCUAGAAGUCUAGAAGUAGAUUUCCUCCUCUGGAAGGACACAAUCUACUGCUUAUAUGUCUAUGUGUCUGUCUUUAGAGAGACAACUCGUUAUCGUGAGAUUGGACGUGAAUCUGCGGGUUCUCGUGAGUUCUCAUGAUUACCGCUGUCCUUAAUCCGCCACGCCUCACAAACGGUGGGAAUUGUCGUACGGCGCAAAGACACCGCCGUUCCAGAUGUGGUGGAAAUUGAGGUUGAUUGUUUCUGAGGUUUCCUGUCAGAGGUCAAAGGUCAUCUGAGAGGAUUUUAGUCCUUUCUGUGGUCGAAGGAGGCCGCCAUCUUUUCAUGGAUUUAACCUUCAUCUCUCUGAAAUCUGAGAUCAGCAGCAAACAACAAAUCUGACCAACGAUCGUAGAAAGACGAUCAAUCGUAGAAAGACGAUCAAUCGGAGAUUUUCAUCUGAAGAUGAAGAGACUUCACAACAAUCUGAACGUACGACCUUCAGAGAUCUGAUCCAUGUUUGAAGGUUUGAGUCUGACCCUCCUGGACCUGAGAGUCCUUCAGAACCAGGACCGGGUCUGAGGAGAGGACCUCAGAAGUCCAGUUCAACUAACGUGUUUUUAAUUAUAGAUCAAUAAACAUCAAACUUUCAGUCAGAGACGCUUCAAACACGAGUUCAGCAGCCCGUACACACACACACACACACACACACACACACACACACACACACACACACACACACACACACAGGAACAUAUGGUGGUGUGUGUGUGUGUGUGUGUGUGUGUGUGUGUCCCCUCCUCUCAGCAGAUCAAUAAUGAAGGUGUUUCCGCCUCUUUAAGCUUCAGUCCGUUCAGCUGAGACCCCCCCCCCCCCCCCCAGUAUCUAUAAUAGAUGUGUUGUUCCGCCGUGUCGACGAUGGCGAGGAAGCCUCAGGUGAGAACAGACCGCUCUCUUCGCCAACACCACCGCCGCUCUGCAGGAAAACACCUCACAGCCUUUAACCCUUCAGAGGAACAACCUCAGAACUUCAGAACCUCAGAACCUCAGAACCACAGAACCUCAGAACCACAGAACCACAGAACCACAGUACCUCAGUACCUGUUGGGUCCAUGUUCUGGUUCCGGGUUGGUCUCAGUCUUUCUCUUCUUGGAGUUUUUGAAUCAUUUCUGUCACACUCUCACGUCUCUCCUCCAUGUCAGCGCCUCCUCCCUCCUCCUCCCUCCUCCUCCCCGCUCCUCGCCGCCCCGCUCCUCACCCCCGUCUCCGUCUGUGUUCAGGAGGAUCCUCUCCUUUGGAAAAGUUCCAGCAUGUUUCUUGUCCAUCAACAGGAACUCUUGGACCAGAAGACUCGUCCCUGUCAGAGUGUCUCCCAGCAGGGGGGCUGCGGGGCCCCUCAGGGGCCUCUACGGCCGUGAGAACAUGAAAAAAACAUACUAGAUACUGCAGAUGAUGAACACAUGAGGAGAAACAGGAGAGGUGAUUCAGGGUCCUCAAGAAGACCUCGACGCCCCAAAGACCACGUCAGACCACCACGGGUCUGAAUACGGGGUCGGUCAGAGACCAGGAGGUGGACUCAGAGACCAGGAGGUGGACUCAGAGACAGUUUAAAUAAAACUUUGUUCACAUGUUCUUCUGAGUUAUAAAAGUAAGGAGCACAAAGAACUUUAGGAGAUCAAUGAAAACUGAUCAAUAAUGUUUGUCUUAUUGAUCGACCUUAGUACUAUUAUUAGAAAUCAAUUUUAGGUCUUUUGGUCACAUGACAGUGAAGCUAUUGGAGGAAAACAGCCUUUUCUGAGAACAUCAACCAGUAAUUUAUUGACGGUCCCUUAUUCAACACCGACGUUGACAGUGAGGGUGUCGAGUAGAUUUAACCGCGCUGCUGUUGUUAUUCCCGGUUAUGGAGAGUGAGAAGACACCGGUAGAUCCUCAGAGAAUGUCCGUCAGAUAUCCAACCUGAAACUAACUUCACCGCCGUAUUUACAGGAGAAUAUAUCCAACCUGAAACUAACUUCACCGCGUAUUUACAGGAAAAAACAUCCAACCUGAAACUAACUUCACCGCCGUAUUUACAGGAAAAUAUAUCCAACCUGAAACUAACUUCACCGCCGUAUUUACAGGAAAAUAUAUCCAACCUGAAACUAACUUCACCGCCGUAUUUACAGGAAAAUAUAUCCAACCUGAAACUAACUUCACCGCUGUAUUUACAGGAAAAUAUAUCCAACCUAAAACUAACUUCACCGCCGUAUUUACAGGAAAAUAUAUCCAACCUGAAACUAACUUCACCGCGUAUUUACAGGAAAAAACAUCCAACCUAAAACUAACUUCACCGCCAUAUUUACAGGAAAAUAUAUCCAACCUGAAACUAACUUCACCGCCGUAUUUACAGGAAAAUAUAUCCAACCUAAAACUAACUUCACCGCCGUAUUUACAGGAAAAUAUAUCCAACCUAAAACUAACUUCACCGCCGUAUUUACAGGAAAAUAUAUCCAACCUGAAACUAACUUCACCGCGUAUUUACAGGAAAAAACAUCCAACCUAAAACUAACUUCACCGCCAUAUUUACAGGAAAAUAUAUCCAACCUGAAACUAACUUCACCGCCGUAUUUACAGGAAAAUAUAUCCAACCUAAAACUAACUUCACCGCCGUAUUUACAGGAAAAUAUAUCCAACCUAAAACUAACUUCACCGCUGUAUUUACAGGAAAAUAUAUCCAACCUGAAACUAACUUCACCGCCGUAUUUACAGGAAAAUAUAUCCAACCUGAAACUAACUUCACCGCCGUAUUUACAGGAAAAUAUAUCCAACCUGAAACUAACUUCACCGCCGUAUUUACAGGAAAAUAUAUCCAACCUGAAACUAACUUCACCGCCGUAUUUACAGGAAAAUAUAUCCAACCUGAAACUAACUUCACCGCCGUAUUUACAGGAAAAUAUAUCCAACCUAAAACUAACUUCACCGCCGUAUUUACAGGAAAAUAUAUCCAACCUGAAACUAACUUCACCGCCGUAUUUACAGGAAAAAAAAACAUUUGUUGAUUUUUUUAUGUGACCCUAAAUACAUUUUUAAAUUUACACACAUCUAUUUUUAGUCGCAGUGAAACGGUCGAACUGUCACUGAGCCCUGGUAUAUAGUGGGUCUGUGGUUCUGUGGGUCUGUGGGUCUGUGGGUCUAGAGGAGGGGGUCCGUCAGAAUCUGGUCCUGCUGGGAGGAUUUACAGAGAGAAUAAACAAAGUAAAGUCUGUUUGGGUCAGAACCACUCAGCGUGGAUCUUUGAAGUCCUGCUAACAUCAGAGGAGGCGGCUCUGGUUCUGCUCGAGGGGUUCUGGAACAAACGGAUCCGUUUAGAGGAGGACAAACUCGGUUAAUGAGGCUAAUUAAAGCUCUUAUUAAUGAGUGUGUUCAGAUGAUUUUAACGUAUAUUAAUCGCCCCCCCGUCACAGCGGUGGUUAAUCACGGAGGGCCUCCAUAUUGUCGUCCCUGGCGAGCAGGUGGUGGCGGUCACAGGCGAUGACGGAUGACGCCCACAUGUGGCCCUGCAGGCAGAAUCUGAGCGGCCGACUCUGAGAGCUCAGAUCUGGACCAUUUAGUUUUACAUGUUGGAGACUCGGACCCGGAGCUGCUGGUGGGUCUCAGGAGCUUCAGGGCAGAGACGGACUUUAGAACAAGCGCUGGUGGCUCCGCUCCAGAUUCCAUUUAAAUAUUUUAGAGCAGGUCGGCCCGCCCCCCCGCCGCCACCGCCGCCGCCGCCCGCAGGCAGGAAUAGUUUAACAUUAACACGGCACAUAUUUUCAGUUUCCUGAGCAGAGAGGGUUCGAGCUUUCACCGAGGAAACGUGGAUAGACAGAGACAGACGAGGAUUUUAAUCCCAGUCUCAGAUUAUUGCUGUAGAAUAAAUCUUCUCCUCCUCUCAUGAGCGUCUUUUUUAAAACAACAUAUUUACUGAACUUUUACAAGUAAACAAAGACCAUCAAAAACAUGGACAGGUGGACAGGUGGACAGUGAAAUACGUCGUCGUCUCCAUCUAUAAAAAGACCAAACUUGGAGUCGUCCAGAAAACCAUCGAUGACAACAAAAGUAAAAAGAUAAAAAAGGACACGGGGACAUGAGACAGAACAGAGAUAAAGAAAAUAAACAUAUACUAAUAUACAUAUAUAUAUAUAUUUACAUAUAUAUAUACAAUAUAUAUGUAUAUUUACAUAUACUCAGCACACUGUAUCAGUGUCAGCGCCCCAACGUCUCAGAAAGUCCAACAGGAGUCUCCAAAUCGUCUCAAACUCUCCUGCUGUCCCUCUGAUCUUCGUCUCGUCUGUUUGUGAGUCUGACUUUGUUUUUGGUUCCCUCACGUUCUCAGACUCUUAGUCUGUGUUCAGACUGCAGCUCAGUUCUGAUUGGUUCUGAUCCGACCCUCUUCUGUAUGUGGAUAUAAAUCAGAUAUGUAUCUGAUGUGACUGCAGUGUGACGCUCAGGUCGAGUUUAUCCGACCUUUACGUCAUCAAUAUGAGACAAACGUCACCGAUGUUUUCGACAAACAUCACGUCACGUCCUGCUUUGUGUUCAUGAGGGUCACUUCACAGACACAUUCGUCGUUGUAACGUGAACGACCGCACAAAAAGAUCGGAUUGAACAGAAAUCCGAACUGUGCGUCAGAACCUGCAGAGAGAACGAAGAUCUUUGUCUCUGAGUGUUUUUUUCUCUCUUUGUGUUUUUUCCUGUUUUUGUUUUUUUGAUAUUUUCAGAGGAAGUUUUUGUUGCUUUUCUUUAAGUUCUUUUUAAAUAAAUAUAUUUUUUUGCAUUUUGUGUUUUUCCUUCUUUAACUCCAAACUGUGACACACUUCACUGACGGACUUUCACACACUAAACCGUCUCAAAGAGAGAAAAACUGCUUCAACUACCAUGAACAAAAAAAGAUGUAAUUUAACAACAAAAAAAAGCAGAAUAAUAAAAACAGCUGAAGGAUUAAAACUCUGAACAAACGGGAAUAUUUGUGUUUUUAGUCGUUUUUGUUUCUUUGAAACCAAAUCCAUAAAAAGUCUUUAUUCAGUGUUUUUAUUCUGAAGAGUUGGAGCGUCUCUUUUAUUCAGGGAAAAUCGUCUGUUUUUAAAACUAUCCUGAGGAGACGGAGGUGGACCCUGGAGAAGAUCACCGCAGGAGAGGAGCAUCGAGGAGAACCUGCAGAUCAAGAACCUCCGAGUUUUUCUCUUCGGCUGUUUCUGUCCAUAAAAAGGAAGGUGUCGGUCCGGUCGGAGGUUCGGUUCUGAUGCAUUCAUGUGCUGCUCGGUUGGAGGGGGUUGUGGUUUUAGGAGCAGGUCUCUGAUAGUCCUCAGUCCGGACUCCUGCUGGUUCCUCUGAUAAAAUGUGGAUCCAAACCAAACCUGGAACAGGGACAGGAUCAGAUUUCAGCUCUGGGGGCAGAGGAGGAUCAGAGCCAGGCUGUAAUGAAGACCACUCCCUGCCCACCUUGUCACAGCCAGCUCCUGCUCAGCUCCCAUCAACCCCCACCGACCCCUCUGACCCCGGGGGGAGCCAGAGCGCCGCGGCGGAGCCAGGCGUCCCGGCCGGAGCCAAGCUUUGUUUUCAGUCCACUGACCCUCCUCUGUGUCUCUGCUGAAGGUUCCCUCUGAACUCUGGAGAGGUGACAGGCCGGCAGGAGCAGCAGGAGCAGCAGGAGAGGAGAGAUAAGGAGGAGGAGGAGGAACAAAAAGGCCCGCAGAGGGUCGGACACCCCCGGCGCUCUGGCAGCGAGGACACGGCAGGAGACGGCGCCCGGCUGUGGGGACAGUUUCCUCCUCCUCUGGAUGUUUGGGUGUGAAAGCCGUUUGUUGGAGGAGCUGUGGUAUCAGGGCCUG